UUGUCUGCCGGUACCUGAGCCCAACUAGAAUUUUAGCGGGCUGAAUGAGCCAGUUGGCCCAUGCCAGCUCCGAAGAAGUCGCUCUAUAUAAGAACAGAGCUAUCGAAUCACAGUCGUUCAGAAGAACAAGAAACCGCACUGAUUCUCUUUCAUUUAGGUUUUUGUCAGCUUAAACGAUGGAAAAGGAAACCAAAGUAGCAACUGAAGAUCUGAAAAUUGAUUUGUUCGAAGACGAUGACGAGUUUGAAGAAUUUGAGAUCAAUCAAGAGUGGGAUGACAAGGAAGAAGGAAAAGACACAACUCAGCAAUGGGAAGAUGAUUGGGAUGAUGAUGAUGUAAAUGAUGAUUUCUCCCUGCAGCUGAGGAGAGAAUUGGAGAACAACACUGAGAAGAGCUAAGCUCUGCUCCCUUGUUUACUGUAAUAGAAAAGCUGUGGAUUGUAUUAGUUAAUGUAUGUUCCCUUGGUGUUGGAGAAUCAGAUUGCUUUUCUUAGGUUUUGCCAGAUGUUGAAAUGAAAAUUUGCUUCUCGAAGUUUUACUAUCCUUUAUCUUUGAUUUAAAGAAAUUAUAUGUUGUGUAUUUGUUGCA